GUUCCACUCCGGGCCACCUUGGACUCGGGGUUCGAGGGGGCCUCACCUCGUUCCAGAAAUUAUUGACUGCUGAGCGCCCAGUCCCCUCCUAUAUCGCAAGUCAUCGGUUGUUCGCAGUAACGGCCCCUUCAAGUCCAGUAUAGCCGCUUGUCAGGGCAACGAAGCCGAAAUUGUCGCACCGAGUCGAAAGUAUGUCCGACCAGGACAAAAUGCCGGGCUUGAUCGGUGAGGACAGUACCGAAUCGGACUCGGAGUACGACGACGACGCCGACUACCUGGCCAUGGGGACAGGCCGGUCGGAGUUCAAUAGCAAUAGCAACCCAGACGAUUUGCCCGACAUAAUAGACGAAAGCGACACGCCAUUCGAAUCUGAUGACAACGACGAUGAUGACGUGAGUGAUGCGCCGUACGUUCAGCCACCCAUGUCAGAACCGUUAUUCGACUUUGAGGCCGGGCGACCCCCAGACUUUGGCGAGUGGGAACAAGAGUUAAGGGAGGAGUUUGAGAAACGUCGCGAACAAGUAGAACGGGAAGAAGCGGAGCGCGAAAGAGAACGACGGGAAGCAUACAAACUAGCACGGCAGGAGAGGAAGAAGCUCAUGCGCGAAAAGGAGCAAAUGGAGAACAGCGUUGAUGCGAUCCAUCUGAGGGUUUCGAGCGCCAUGACUGCAUUCAACCAGGACAAAUGGGUGACUGCGGCGUUGAACUUCUCCUUCGCCAUUAAGGAGUGGGAGAACAUGCCCAGUGAGAAGACGGAGAAAUACCCUUACUCGCUGAACCUUCUUCGAUACCUGUACGCGCGGAGCUUGCUUUUGGAUAAUGACCCGAAACGCGGGCCGGAAAUUUUGGGUGUGCUGCGACUCCUCACUCAAGUCGCUUCGGACUCAUUACCGUUCGUGCAUUGGGCAUAUGGUCAGGCCAUCAACCAAUUCGACAAGUUCAGCGACGAGGUCGACACAGUUCUCGAGUGCGCGCUGGAAGUUUGCACAGGCUUGCCCGAUUCUUCUCGUCGCUAUUACCCCAGCACCGGCGACGAGAAGGUCGAGAUUCCCGAAUCUGACCCACAUAAACUCCGAGACUUAAUACGAGAGGAACAAGCCAAAGCGGAUCGCCGACCAAAACCCGACCAGAUUUGCCAACAUGAGGAAUGUGCGAAGCCAAAGAUCUUCUGGGAGAAGAGGGGCACCUUGUGCGCUAGGGUCACUUGCAAUGCCCCUAAGAAUUGUUCCCUCUACUACCACAAAUCCUGCUGGCGCGGCAUCGAGAAGCGCGUUUAUGGGCUGUCGAAGGAUAUGCUCAUGGGGCAAGAGUGUCCGACACCAGCUUGCGAUGGUGUCAUCAUGAGAUUCGAUGACGUGAGCGCGACGGGAGGCUUUAGAAAGACUUUUUCGAAGAGCAUCCUUUAUGAGAAGGGUCAACAGCCGGCAGGCGGGACGCGUGGACGGGGGAACACCAAGAAGAUCCGAUCAAGGUCACGGAGCGGGUCUCGGCGAUCGUUGUCUAGGCGGCGUAAGGCGGCACUGAAGGGACCGUCUACAGCAGCUAUAAUAGAAGCGGCAAAUGCGAAGAAGUCCGAAAGCACCGCAGCUCCUCCUUUCGUUCGAUCCGUCUAUCUCGGAGCCGAUUAUGGCAUCGACGGGCAAGACAGCAGUGCCGACAAACGGGAAACGCGGCCAAUCUUGAAGCAAUAUCCGACUCCUCCGACGACUCCCAAAUAGAUCAGCUAGAAAAAGACAUCUCCGGUUUAUUCGAUACCCCCGAGCUCCGCGAGCUCAAAGCAAAACUCAUCAAAGAACGCGAAG